AUGGACUCGAUGAGGUCUCUCAACACCUCAUUACCGUCGUCCACCUCUACCCACCCCGCCCCCCCGGAGCAACUUCUUCAAGCCUUCCGAACUGCCGCCCUUUCCGUCACGAACCUCUACAAGUCCGCUGUCACGGAUCAAAAUAUCAGCCGACAGGCUGGUUAUCAAGAAGCCUUGGAGGAUCUGCUGAGCUUUCUGGACCGGGAAAAUCUCGGCCUGGGGGAUGGUGAAGGAUGGAGAGUGAGGCAGUGGGCGACAGAACGAUACGACGGAUCGGCUCAUCAACAACCAUGCGAAAGUGAUGAGGAGAGAAGUGAAGCUGGACAACGACCUCGAAGUAUUUCGCCAACAAGAGAGCAGUUGACGGAAUCUACAACCACCCAAGCUGAUUCGGCAAAGGUGGAAUCCGCCACCCAAACAGAUGACCCUCAAACUUCGACGACUGGUGAACAGAUCACCUCCACGCCUAUGUUUCAUUUUACGGGGAAUUCCACCGCAAAAGGCUCCGACGACAUGCAAACGGACGACGACGGAACCGGGUCCGAAAUUCAACCCUCAGCCUCGACUUCUUCAAAUGCGACCAUCCGAUUAAACAAUCGUGGAAGCAGAACACCUCACAGGCACGGCAAUCAACGACACAGCACGAAAUCUUCCAGCCGAGAGUUUACAUUUACGACAGGUACAAAACGAAAACUACAAUUUCCUGAUUUCUUUGACAUAUCCAAUAUUGGACCUCGGGAUGGAGUUGGAAGCAGCAAGCGAGGGCGUCUGUCAUGA